GUCGCCCUCCCCUCAAUCGCGUCUUCUUUUUUAGGCUGUCUACCCCUCCAGUUCUUGACCCGUGUCUCUUUUCGUUCACUACGUUCGUCUGUCGUCGCCAGUUUCCUAGGGGUGCGCUGAAUGCGCAGCAUUGACCAACCUCUGCUAACACGUCUUCCUUCGUCUGGUCGGGCGCAGACCUCACAACUGCCUUUAACCAUGUAUAACGCACAUCGCGGGAUGGUUCCAGCUCCCAAUUCUCGUCUGAAUGAAUUGCUGGAUCAGUUGCGCCAGGAAUUCGAAAAUCAGUCGAGGAGCACUGGCGAGUUCGAGCACCAGCUAACCGGACAGCUCCAGGAAAUGGAGAUGAUUCGCCAGAAGGUUUACCAGCUUGAGCAGGCGCAGUUGAAGAUGAAACAAGAUUAUGAAGCAGAAAUCCGCAUGUUGCGACACGAGCUUGAAUCGCGCGGCGUUCAACCCGUUGCUUCUCAUGUAGCCGUCCCUGCGCAGCACGGCGGCCCCUCUCAGGCGCCUCCGCCUGCACUGGGCCAUGGACCCAGCAAUCUGUUUGGUGGUAUCAUGGCCAACCAAGGAGGUAGUGGCCCUGGAUAUCAGCCUGGCGCUGCUGUGAACGGCUACGGUCCUCCUCCACCCCCAACGGCCUCCCCCGGACCUGGGAAACGCCCCCGUGCACCUCCCGGCCCUGCCACUCCACAGCAGGCCCAUCAGCUAGCUUAUCCGGAGUCUCGCGUGUCGCCACAGCUUGCCCGGCCGACGCCCCCGAAUCAACCAGUCGUCCGUGACCGCCCGGGGAAUAUGCUCGCAAACUGGAAUCCCGAGGAUCUUCCUCCCUCGCAGAAGAAAGAAGGCGUCGAUUGGUAUGCUGUCUUCAAUCCUGAAGUGCAACGAGUUCUUGACGUGGAGCUUGUUCAUCACCUGGUUCACGACAGCGUUGUGUGCUGUGUGCGUUUCAGCCGCGACGGAAAGUACCUCGCGACCGGCUGUAACCGUUCCGCUCAGAUAUUCGACGUAACUCUUGGUCAGAAUGUCGCUGUCCUACAGGAUGAGAGCGUCGAUAAGAGCGGGGAUCUCUACAUUCGCAGCGUCUGCUUCAGUCCCGACGGGAAGUACCUAGCCACUGGCGCGGAGGAUAAGCAGAUUCGGGUUUGGGAUAUUGCUACACGUACCAUCAAACACAUCUUUAGUGGCCAUGAGCAGGAUAUCUAUUCUCUGGACUUUGCCGGUAACGGUCGGUACAUUGCCUCCGGUAGCGGAGACAAGACUGUGCGUCUCUGGGAUAUCGCUGAAGGCAAGCUUGUCUACACCCUCAGCAUCGAGGACGGCGUCACCACAGUGGCCAUGUCACCGGACGGCCUUUAUGUUGCCGCUGGUUCUCUGGACAAGACUGUACGAGUCUGGGAUACCACUACUGGCUACCUUGUCGAACGUCUCGAGAACCCCGACGGCCACAAGGACAGCGUAUACUCCGUCGCAUUCGCGCCAAACGGAAAGGAACUUGUCAGCGGCAGCUUGGACAAGACCAUCAAACUCUGGGAACUGAACCUGCCCCGUCAACAGUACAACAGUGCUGGCAAAGGCGGCAAGUGCCACAGGACUUUUGAGGGCCACAAGGACUUUGUGCUUAGUGUCUGUUUGACUCCUGAUGGUCACUGGGUCAUGAGUGGUUCAAAAGAUAGGGGUGUUCAAUUCUGGGAUCCCAUCACUGGAAAUGCUCAGAUGAUGCUACAGGGGCACAAGAACUCUGUUAUCUCAGUUGCACCCAGUCCCACUGGCAACCUGUUUGCCACUGGCAGUGGUGACAUGCGUGCAAGAAUCUGGAGAUACUCCGCGUACACUGGACGGUAAUCAUUGAAUUUGGGAAAGCUUCGGCGUCAACGCGAUUCUCGAUCUACUGCAUUCUCCUUUUUGCGUUCCUCUCACAUCCUCAACCAAUACCGGCCAGUGGAAUUUCGGCGAAAUGGCUUAUGGUCUUGUAUUGUUUUGUUCUUUCCCCCU